UGUGGCGGAAUAACCGACUCUCCAGGAACCGUGAACAGCGUCGAAACCAUAAGCCUCGCUCGCUUCGCCGUCGAAGAACACAACAAGGAGCAUAAUGGUCUGCUUGAGUUUGUGAGGGUGGUGAAUGAAAAGCGGCAAGUAGUUGCUGGGAUGAAUCACUAUUUGACUAUUGAGGCCACCGACGCGGGCAAGAAGAAGCUCUUUGAAGCCAAGGUCUAUGUGAGGCCUUGGGAGCACUUCAAGAAAGUGUCGGAGUUCAAGGAAGUGAAGUCCACGGAAGUGCAGGAGUUCAAGCACAUUGCUGACUCUUAGUUUGUGUCGAGAGUGAGAGCAGGUGAUGAAGAAAAUGGAAAGUUGAAGUCUAUCUAUGAAUUGGGGAGGCAAAGAAGCUAAGUUUAAAGUUGAAGUCUAAGAAUAACGGAGCCACAAAGCUGUUAAUAUAUUGGGGUGUAUACAUGAUUUAAUGGCUGUUAUAGUAUUUCUCUUGUGCCAAUCUUCUAAGAAUAAGGUGUUGUUGCGGACUUGUUUUUCCAA